AAUAAUUUGCAUUAUCACCAGGAUCAGGUCCCCUGUCACAGUGGGUGCCGCAUGGACUGAGAUUGGGGGCCUCCAUUAUGCCAGGUGCCUCACAGACACCCCAGCUGGGAGCGGAGCCCCAUCACGCCAGGAGCUAGAGUAACCCGCUCGACCCCACUCCCCUCCCAGAGCUAGGGAUGGAACCCAGGGGUUGGGAGCUCUCCAUCUAGUGGCAGAGAGUUCCACAGGCCUCAGUCACCGAACCGUUCGCCGCUGCCCAGCCAGUGCAGGAAUCCGGACUUGGACCCCGUUACCUGGCGCUCGCACCUGGGCUGGGUCAAUGAUUAAUUAAUAUGGUGACUAACGAGGAAGGCUCCUUCCGGGGGAGGGAAGAGGCCAGGGGAAGCUGGAAACAGAGAAUCAAGGACGCCGGGUGGUGUCUGAAGAGAGGGGAGCCGAGGGAGGGGAGGGCAGAAAUGGCACGACCCCAAAACUGCACCCACCACAGCGGCCAGUUCCCCCUGUCCUCAGAGAUCCUCCAAGGUGGGACCCAGGCGUCCGGGCACCCCGAGGACCAGAGUGGGGGGUAACAUGCAGCCAUGGGGGAGGGAAUCAGGCCCGAAUGGUGGGGGAGUCCCUGGGGGAGUCCCUGGGGGAGGGGAAGGGGUCAGCCAGGGGUGGGCACUUGGGGGGAGCAGGAGCUCAGGCUCACCGCUCCCCCCUCUCUGCCUUCGCCUUCUGCCCCCCAGUGUUCCAAGCCCAGCUGUGGAUCUUCCUCAUUCCCACGGCCCUGGGCCUGGUGCAGCUGGGCCUGUUCCUGGAGCAGACGGGCUUCUUUCUACGCCGCCUGGGUGCCUCCCGCAGAACCACUCUCUCCCUCUGGAUCCUGGGGGUCUACCCGGUGUUCAGCAUCAUGUCCCUUAUUGGCAUGUACAUCCCCCGAUCCUCCUUCGUCUGUAACUUUGUUGCUAACAUCUACCACUCCAUCACCCUGUGGAAAUUCCUGGACCUGGUGACCGAUUUCUUCGGGGGCUCGGCCCGCAUGGUCCAGCGUCUGCAGGGGCAGCAGGUGGCCCCCAACCCCUUCCCUUGCUGCUGCUGCUGCUGUCUCCCCAACAUUUCCACCAGCUGGUCCAACCUACGCUGGAUGACCCUGGCCGUGUACCAGCUGUCCCUCAUCAGGACCAUCCUCUUCUUCAUCACGCUCACCCUCUGGACCGACGAGAAGUACGGCUACGGUGAUGUGAGCUACACCAACCCCAACUCCUACAUCAACGCCAUCAUCUGUAUCUCUACCUUGCUGUCCUUCUAUGGCUACCUGCUCUUCUACAAGGCCACCAAGCCGGCCCUGGCUGGCUACAACCUGCGUUCCAAGUUCGUCUGCAUCAUCCUGGUCCUUGUUGUCUGCGGCCUACAGAGCGGCAUCCUGGAGACCAUGGGGGCUCUGGGGGCCAUUCCCUGCCAGCCUCCGCUCUCGGCUGAUACCCGCUCCCAGAUUAUCUAUUACUACUCCCUGGUGGUGGAGAUGUUUCUCAUCAGCCUCUUCGCCCAUUACUGUUUCCGACGGGACGAGCUCACCCCGGAGAGCCCCACCAGCACCAGGAACCAGGCCUCCCAGACGCAGGCGCCCCCUAGUGGCUCUGGGGAGGACAGCGCCUCCCUGACAGGCCUCAACCCCUGCUACUCCCCCGAUGAGAGCCUCUGCCGAAUCGAGCACACGCCGUUGGAUCGCUUCCAUUUCAGCCCCAGCUUCCCCCGACCCGGAGGCGGGCUGGGCCAGGGCUGGCCCGUUGGAACUCCCCCAGGGGCCCUCGAGAUGGGAGAGCUGGGUACCGGGGUCCCUGUGAAUGGGUCUCCCCCCAGGGAAACCAAAGCCCAUCCCAACAGAGUCCAGAACCACCCGUGUGCCCAUGAUGUCACCAUGGUAUAAGCAGGACCCCACCCCACGUGGGACAGGGAGCAGGCAGAGGUGGAAAACAGAUGGCGUUAACCUGCGGAACUCCCUGCUACAGGAUACUACAGGAGGCGACGCUUCCCAAUGGGAAGGGAACUGGUUGACCCCCAGAAAGAAUGGGGAUGAGCCAGGAGCUGGAGAUCGAGUGCUAAGUGCUGUUGUAUAAUUGAGGUGAUCUAGGGAACCCCUGCACUUACAGAUAGUGGGGGAUGUGAAACUGCUGUGUCACAGAAGGCCUCUCUGUCUGCCUCUCACGGCCACUAAGUCUUGAAGCAGAUACCUUCCCAGAGGACGCAGCGGAAGUGCCACUCAGCGAACUAGAGCAGGAGAGGGGCACCUGUGUUAUUUUUUGGGGUGUCUGCAUUAUGUCUUGUUAAUAUCAUGUCUGACCCCACUUCCCUGGCUGCAUCUAGGGCAAUCAAAGGAGGCUCAGAGUACGCAGACCACCAGCUCUUUGGAGCGGGGCCUGUCAUUCUGUUCUGUGUUUGUACAGGGCCACAGGGGAGCAGGCCAGAGCUGGGGGCGCUCCAUUAAUGCACAAAAUAAAGCAACCCCAUGGCUGAGACAGUCUCUCCAGUGCCAGCUUCAAAGGGGCUAAGGCAACAACGGGUGGGCUGCUAACCGAGGGAAGAAGCUACCGCCGUUAACCAGCAGAACUCCCUGCUCCAUGAUAUCCCUGAAGGG